AAUUAAGGAACCAUUUUUAUGUUGCGCAAACGCUGCUGCGCUUGUCCGGAAGAACAACAUUGCUUACACAGUAUCUCAACUUGAGAAUCUGCAGGAAGCAUUAACUGGCGACAGUUGUUUGGGGCGAAUGCUGCCAGCUUUGUUAUCUACAAAAUACCCGGUUUAAUUGCCUCGUAGUAAGAGUAUUAUGGAAGAGGAAGAGAGCCCCGGCGAUGGCAAGGUGGACAACCCCUUUGCCGCAGAGACCUAUGCGGCCGAAGCCAUGGCUGCAGACAUGGACCCCUGGAUUGUAUUUGACUCUAGGAAAACUCCCCGAUCCGAGUUUGAUAGCUGGCUGGAGAGCAACAGGCCCUCUCAGGUGUACAGGUUUGGUGACGAGGAAGGAGAAAGCAGCCCCGUGGGGUGGAUUGCUGUGCUGGGCCCAAACUACUGCCCCAGCACCGGAGAUGUCACAGGUCUGCAGGAGAGCUGGGAAAAACUUUUGGACAGCGGCCGUCCUGUCAGCUUCCAGACGGUGAAGGAGCUGGCCCUCAACCACAGAGUACUCGCGGGCAAGUGGCUGAUGCAUUUAGACUCUGGGUUCAAGCUGGACCGUGCGUGGGAGUGUGUGGCCAGAGCGGCCCUGGAUGGCAAGAUCUCCAUAGUUAAAGUCAGCCCCUACAACCCUAAGGUAGAGGGAAAGCAGGUCAUCUGUGCCUAUAAUCAGAACUUCACUGAUGAGAGUGAGGUUGUUAGACUGGACUCUGUUAUCCGUGCCACAGGGGUCAAAUGUCCCCUCUCCUACAAGCCAGAUGUGUACACAAACCUGGGAAUCUACCGAAACAACCGCUGGAAGCUCUGUCCAACUAUAUAUGAGAGUAAAUUUGACCUGGAGUGUGUGCCCAGGCGUUCCCACAUCAUCAACAAAGCAACCAAUCUUGAAGUAACAUAAACCUCAAAAUGCGAUGACACUUUUGCAGGAUGAGUAAAUAGAGAGUUAGUCCUUUUGUUAUACUAAUAGAUGCACUAAUUCUUGUUUUAAAUUUAAUUUUCUCAUUGUAUGAUUUUUACAUGGUCUAAAAUGUUAUCUAAAAUAUUGUGUAAGAAAUCUAAGUUUCUGUCUUUAACACAAUAACACCUACCUUGGCCUGAAAAUCCUUCCAGUGAAAACUUUAAUCCAAUGAAGCAUUGAUUUUUGAAACUCAAAUCUUUCUCAGUUGGGCUUUUGUUUUGUACUGAACUGUGAUUCAAAAGUUGCUAAAUAAAAAGUAUUUGUUUUGAAAACCAAAAUGUGUCUUUCACUUUUAUUUAUUCACAAACACUUUGGAUUUUGACAUCAUUAUGCAUUCACAAAGCAUAUAGUAUAGUCAGUAUACUGUAUCAUAAAACCAUUAUAAAUUUAUUGUAAUAUAAGUUGACCUCUGGGUCUGAAAGGGUUCAGUUAAACCGCACCUUAUUCUGUGAAAUAGUUGCUGAAAGACUGAUGAACAAAUAAUAUUGUCAAAUAAAAUAAAAGAUGUGUCAGCCUUCGUACUCUUCUCUGCUAUAAGCAUGUACUUAUAUGUAGCUUGAUUGGUAGUUAUUUACACAUAGACCUUCAUUUGGUUGAUGGCAAAUAGUUUUGUUGGGACUCAACAAGGCACCUGGUGUAAUCAGUUACUCCUGACCUUCAAAAAAGUAAAACACAGCAAUAAUUAAAGGACAAAUGUAUCUUAUCUGCAUAGACUAAAGCAGGGGUGGGCAAACUUGGUCCUCCAGGGCCGCUGUCCUGCUGGUUUUCCAACUCUCCCUGCCCCAGUUACCACAUUACCUCAAUCAGGUGUGUUCAGUCAAUCAGCAGCUGAAAAAGCUAACUGACACACCUGAGGAAGGUGAUCAGCAGGGAGACUUGGAAAACCAGCAGCAAUACCGGCCCUCGAGGACCCGGACGGCCCACCCUGCAGGGAUGAACUACAAUAUUGAUUUAACGUUGAAACGGACCACAACUCCAAAAUAAAAACAUACUCAACGUGUUCCACAGAAUAAUAUCACAGGAGAAACAUUAAAACAAACCUUUACAGUACUGCUGCUGAUGAGACAGUUUG